GCCUUCAAGGAGGCGGGUGCCUCACUGACGAUUGAGGAAGUCGAGCUGACCCUGCCAAAUCCUGGUGAGGUGCUGGUGAAGGUGGAGGCAUGCGGUGUUUGCUUCUCAGACACGGCUGCACAGGCCCAUGGCUUGGCGGGUAAAUUCCCAGGUGUACCAGGUCAUGAGAUUAUCGGACAUGUGGCUGCGACAGGCGAUUAUGUCUCGGAGUGGAAGUUCGGCGAUCGUAUCGGUGGAGGGUGGCACGGAGGCCAUGACGGCACUUGCCCCGCUUGUCGCAAGGGCCAUUUUCAAAUGCGCGACAAUGGCAGCAUCAACGGCAUAACUAAGAAUGGCGGAUAUGCCGAAAACUGCAUUCUCAAUGCCGAGGCAGGUAUGGGCAUCAAGCCUGGCUCUACAGUUGCGAUCCAGGGACUUGGUGGUCUCGGUCAUCUCGCCAUCCAAUAUGCGAAUCGCUUUGGAUUCCGGGUGGUUGCCAUUUCAAGAGAUGACCAGAAGGAGCGAUUUGUUCGAGACCUGGGCGCCCACGAGUAG